UAGUCACCCGAUCUGUCAGGCAGAACUGCGGGGGAAGUUGCGCAAAAAGAAGAAAAAAAAAAAAAAACGAGGAAGGAAUUUAACUCUUGUUUUCAGCUUUUCUCUUUAAUUUGAUCGUGAAGCGCCGCUGAAACACGCUUCUGCUGUUUUGUUUGGUUAAACUCGGAAAGCAGGUACUUCAUGCGAGUUGAACAGUUCCAACUCAAGUCCAUAACAGGAGACUGGUGACUAGGUCAUGGCAGGAAGAGGCGGUGCUACAAGACCUAACGGGCUGAACGCAGCCGGCAACAAAAUCUGUCAGUUCAAACUGGUGCUUUUGGGCGAGUCUGCAGUGGGCAAGUCCAGCCUGGUGUUGCGCUUCGUUAAAGGCCAGUUCCAUGAAUAUCAGGAGAGCACGAUAGGAGCGGCUUUCCUGACUCAGACAGUAUGUUUGGAUGACACGACAGUGAAGUUUGAGAUCUGGGACACAGCUGGUCAGGAACGUUACCACAGUUUGGCUCCGAUGUAUUACAGAGGAGCUCAGGCAGCCAUCGUGGUGUACGACAUCACAAAUGAAGAAUCAUUUGCACGUGCAAAAAAUUGGGUUAAAGAGCUUCAGAGGCAAGCCAGUCCUAAUAUUGUCAUAGCUCUGGCUGGAAACAAAGCAGAUCUUGCCAACAAGAGAGCACUGGACUUCCAGGAUGCAGAGUCUUAUGCAGAUGACAACAGUUUGCUUUUCAUGGAAACCUCAGCGAAGACGUCGAUGAACGUGAAUGAGAUUUUUAUGGCUAUCGCAAAGAAGCUCCCCAAGAGCGACUCCCUGGGGGCUGGAACAAACACAGGCCGAAAUCGAGGAGUGGACCUGGCAGAGACAGCGCAGCCUGCCAAAGGGCCGUGCUGCAGCAACUAACCACCAAACACGCACAUUCUCACCUCCCAACUAACUCUGCAUCACUUCUGGACAUGGGGCGCAUCCUUCCAAACCUCGCUCCCUGGAACUGCUAAAGACUCUGUAUAGCUCUGUUUCUAAUACCUUUUUUUUUUUAAAGCAAAUAUAAGUACUUCAGUAUAAUGGAUGCAUGUAUCACUACAAAGCCUAAAUACACAUUUUUAACUUAACACGGGGAAGUUACCUAGGUUGAAUGUGUGUGUGUGUGUGUGUGUGUGUGUGAGUGAGAGAGAGGAUGUAUAGUGUAGUAUUCGGGAUGAGGAUGCACAGUAAUGUUCUGAACAGGUUGGUGGUUGUUGGAUGCUUGUAGUUGCAGCUAAGUCGAGCUGUACAUGCAGCUUUCAGUGUGUUCGAGUGCCAUAAUGGGGGAGUUUAAGAAAUCAAUCAACCAACUGUGGAGGUUUUGACCAAGAACAACUCUAUCUUAAAGAAAGAUGCUACCUAAAUGAUCACCAUUUCUAUGUGUAAAUGAUGUAGAGACGCUGUUUUUUGCACGUGUUGAUUGUUAAUCUAGUAAAAUGAUUCCCUUGUUUGGAAAAAAAAAAAAAUUGGAUUCUUAAUAUUGAUCGUUUUGGUGUCUAAGUGCAGUUCCUCAAUGGGAAGUAACCGUUCCCACCCAUCUUGCUCACUUUCAGUUGAAUUUCAACUCCGAUUGUCAGUCACUUAAUAGAAUCGGAGGACGAAAUCAAACCUCUGCUUAUCCACGUGAUUUUGUUGUGUAGCUAUCUGAGAAUGAUGAUUUAAUUCUACCUAUGUGUUCCUCCUUGAGUCUGAGAAUACACUGUCCUUUGUCUCUUCUUGGAGAUUAUUAUUAAAGUAUUGGUGGCAUACAGCCUCAGUGAAUCUGUUACCGUUCUGGGCAGACGGACCGGUCUGAUUGUCGGACCUAAUUUGACCAAUGGCUGUGUCUUUUGAGUGAAACAAUUAAACAGAGGAUGGCGAGGACGUUCUGUCCCGCUGUAUGGACUACUGUUGAUUAAGUUACACGUUGGCGUUAUAUACGUUAACACUAAAGAACAGUAGAUACAAUCUUCCAUUCCCUCAGUCUCUUUGGUAAACAUCACAAAUAAUUCUUCAUACUAGCGCAUGGCUGAUGCAUUAUCGUGUAGUCCUGCUACAAAAAACUAAAGCUUUGAAAACUUUUUAUUGACUCAUCUCUGGAAUAUAUUCCGGUCAGUGAAGGCGUUAGAGCCCAGUGGUAGAAAAAUAUCAACGUGUCAAGGUAGAAAUCCAGUAUAUCUUGCUAUCUCCAUCUUAAAUACUACUAUAUGAGCUGUUUGCCAUGAUGGACUGUAUGUAUGCACUCUUCUUUAUUGUACAGUUCCCUUUAAGAGUUUUUGCUUUUCACAAAUUGGCCAAAUAAUGUUUUUGAUGGGUUUUUUGUUUGUUUGUUCUCUCCUUCCCCCCCUCGCUCUCCUUUAUAUGUAGUGUUAUUAACAAAUCAACUUGACAUUUAACCCAUGGUCUGUCUAGUGCUUCUUUUGAGAUGCGACGUUUUUGUUUUGGGUCUUUUUUUUUUUUUUUCCUAUUGAGAUACUAUCAAAUUGCACAAAUUGAGUUGUAUUUUUAAAUAAGUCAUUAUGAAAUGAUGCCUGCCUGGUGUCUCUGCAGUGUGAUCAAGCUGAAAUGGACCACACUGGGCUUGAUUUAGUGGUGCUGCUUAAUUGCCGAAGGUGGCUGAGGUAAUUAAUUAGUAGCCAUCCGAGAGCCGAAAAGAAACGAGUGAUGUAACAGCAUUAACACUGAGGGACUGACUUUUUUUUUUUUUUUUAAAUGUCCAGGUACUAGUUAAUAUUUCCAAUAAAGGGGGUGAAUUGUA